AUAAGCUCUUUGCAGGUGCGCGCUUAGCAACCAAUCACGACCAGGGUUAGAAAACUCGGGCAGUGGAAGUGGAUGUAAAUAUUGUCUCUGAAUGAUGCUGGAAAGUAAACAUAGUUAGCAAGAGUUACAAGUUUAGUAAGGAUGGCAAGUCGGUCUGGCAUAAAGUCCAGUGCCAUCAGUAUGGCGGAUGAGUUUGACGCGUCUGGGUGGGCUCAGAUCCACCAGGCUGCCAACAGGGGCUACCUUAAAUCCAUCCAGUUCUUUGUCAAAGAUGACCCCUCCCUGCUGGAACUGGAGACAACAGAUGGAAAGAAUCUCACACCUUUCUUGUGUGCGGUGGAAGGAGGGAAAAUCGAAGCCGUCCAUCAAAUGAUAGAGCUGGGCUCAAAGAUCAAUGCUAUAGAUUCUCAGAAUCAUGGAGCGGUGGAGAUAUGUGCUAUGAAGGGCUUCAUAGAUCUUCUCAAUUAUUUUAUCGAGAAAGAUUUUGAAAAGAUUCCAGUAUGGAAGAAUUUGUUGAGGUUUGUUUCAUCAGAGAGUGAUGAAGAAGCAGAGGCUGCUGGGAAGUCUCUGCGAACUUUGACCCAGGGUAGUCAAGCAGACGGCAUCAAUCCAAACUGGAAGCCAUUUUAUGACCAUGGUGGAGUUCAAAUUCUAAUUAAGGUUGCCAAGUCCACAAUCUCAGAGGAGGCAAAAAUUCCUGCCUUCCAGACUCUGCUGAACAUCAUAGAAAGGGAGGAGGUCAAGGAGCAAGUAUUGAGUUCAGGGGGAGUUCCUACCUACAUCAAACUUCUGAAGUCCACAAACCAUCACCUUAUUCAACUCUCAGCAGAAAUCCUAAAGGAAAUGGCAACAGUUAAAGUUUAUGCUGAGGCAAUAUCACAGAAUAAUGGGGUGCAGAGUCUGAUCAAGGCAAUGCAGACAAUUCACAACCCAGAGGUACUGGUCCAGAUUAUUGACUGUCUCGGUAACAUUGCAGAGCAUGAAAAGAAGUACCAGGACCUGGUGGGACAGCAGCAGGGAUGUGUACAGACCAUGGUGCAGCUACUGGAAGACCAAAAAGACAAGGACUUCCUGAAUUCUGCCUGCCGAACAAUCGGUAAAAUCUCCUAUGACAACGAGGUCAACCAAAACAGUUUUGUGGAUGCGGGUGUUAUUCCUCAUGUGCUGGCAGUUACACGACUCAGAAACAAAGACAUUCAAGUGACAGCUGUUGAGAGUAUUCGUAAAAUGGCAGCAAACAAUCCAUACUCACAGAAACACAUGUUGUCUGACCAAGUGCAAGAACUCCUCCUGAAGCUGCUGGGCACCACUCGUGCUGAGGUUGUGAAGGAAAAGACUGCAUUGGCCUUGUGGGCCAUUGCAGGGAGGGAGUUUGACGUGAAACGGUUCAUUGCUGAACGCAUGGAUGUAGGGACACUGGUAGAAUUCAUCAACAGCAUGUCUGAAGACUUGAAUUUUAUUGGUUCAGAAGGACUUGGGGUCCUAGCACAGGGGCCACUUAGCUAUCAAAGUGACAUAGCCAAUGCUAAUGGCAUAGCUCCUCUUGGUCGACUUAUACGAUCAGAAAAGGAGUAUAUUGUGUUAAGUGUGAUUCGUGCCAUCAGAUUCUUGUGUGUUGGAGUGGGGUAUGUGCCACAUAAGAAAAAUCAAAAUACCAUCAUGACCAUCCGAGGGAUCAAGUUAAUUGUGGCUCUAAUGGUGCAUUCUAGAAACCAGAUGAUCCAAGUGGAGUCAGCCUUAACCUUAGCAUGUGUUUCACUAGGUAACCAGGCAAUACUAGAGGACAUCCACUCCAAUAUAGACUUUAGCUAUGUCCGGAUCCUUAAGAUGAUGUACUCCAUGGACCCCGAUGUUCGUCUUCUGGCCGGACUCGCGCUCGCCACCUUCGCCUAUAACAACGUAAACCAACAGAAGGAGAUCGCGGACCAGGGGGGAGUCCGAUUUAACUGCUUCUGUCCAUUCUUACAGUCUCCCGAUGAAUAUUAUAGAUGUUUGGCAGCUUUCCAGGUGGUAGUCCUAGCCAGGAUUAUCCCUGAUGAGGAGCAGGCGUUGUCCUCGGCCGCGGGAAUCAAACUUCUGGUGGAUCUCCUCCAGGACUCCUCCUCCAGUGAGACCCUCACACUGGCUGCGGACUGCAUCGCUAGGCUUGCCCACACAAGAGCAGGUGUGCCAGCUGCCAUGAUUUCAAUCAAUGUGAUAGAACAUCUUUGUAAGCUACUGGUGUCCCCAGCAGAACAGGUGCGGGGAUCAGCGGCCAUUGCUUUGGGGUACCUGUCUUACAAUCACAAUGGGGAACGUCAACUUCUCAACAAGUGUCGUACAGACCCAUACCUGAUGCGGAUACUGCUCCACUAUACCAAGAGAAGCAAAAUAAGCCCUGCCUUCCUGGAGGCAUGGCGACACUACAAGAAAGUGGGACUCCCACCCAUUCCUGAGGGAAGAACCAACUUGAUAGGAAAUCGUCCAAUGGGAAUUGAUGACAAUCGCCCAGUCACAUUCAUCAGUUUUGGGGAUGAGAGUAACACCAGGAGCUCCACAUCAAACAUUGGUGGAGAAGACGGUCGGUUGACUGGUAGAUCUUCACGAGCCUCCGGGUCACGUCAGGCCACCACCCCCAGGCAGUCAGGGACACCACUGAAUUCUGGGACACCCCUCAAUGCCAGUCAGAUUUCCCUAGACUCCCAGCAUUCCUCACGGUCUCUACAUCCUGUCCCAGCAGAUGGAGAAAGCUAAUGUUGCAAUUGAUGGCGGACACUUUGUUGAUGGUUUUAUCUUUGAAAGCAACAGGAAAGUCUUUCACUAGUCAUUUGUUCAGAUUUGUUAUGAGGAUUUAUGCAUACAAAUGAAUAUUUCCUUUUUUAUGUCUUCAUUGAACUUUGUUAACUUAUUGUGAUGUUUGGAAUAAGGAUGAUUGAUUACUGACAUACACAGUUGAACCUCAUUAUCUCAACCUAAAUGGGACCAAGAAUAAAGAUUUCCAAGAUAUCCAAGGAAUCAAGAUAUCCAGGGUCAAAUACUUAAAGAAUAAUUAUAUAUUAAGGGGUUGGUACUUCCAACUGACUUUGAUAUAUCCAUGGUAUUUGAGUUAUCAGUGUUUUGAGAUACUGACGUUCAGCUGUACAUGUACCUAUAAAUGUAUAGAAUGUAUAUGUGUUGUACUUUACAUGUAUUUUUGCUUCAUCUUUCCACAAUUGGUGAAUAAAUUUAUUUCUUUUGUGCAGAAAUAAAGUCAGAGAAUUUCUACUUCUUGAAGUCAUAAGUAGGGAAAAGAACAUUAGUAAAGAGGAUGUUGCAUCAUAUUUAUUUUAAGGGAGAAUUUUCAUUUAGAUCUUUAAGGAUUAUCUUGGAAUUAAGUGCAAUUAACAGCAGCAUCUUUUAUCAUGAUACACUGUAUUAUGAAACAUUUACUAUAGCUUAUAGUAUAUUUUUAUCUUGUAUAUUUUCCUAAUAUCAAAAGCUAGUGUGACAAUUUUUUAAUCCAUUUCUUUUGAAAUAUUUUGAGGUUUUUCGGGUUGUGUGGUGUUAAAUCUGAUAUAGUUUUAUUAGAAGUGUGUAUUUAGCAUAUUAGUUCAGACACAGUCGUACGAAAAUUGUAUGACAUAUAACAAGCAUAUCUGUGAUAUAUACCAGUAACUUGAGUUUGGUUUGGGUUUGGAUUUUUUCUUCUGACAAUCUUAUUCAUUGUAAUACAUCUAAAUCUAACUUCACAAUAUAUACUCAAAGGUAUAUAUUUUUUAGCAUGAAUAAUACUAACACAAACCUUCCGUGCAUCAAACGAGUUAUUCCACUAGUAUAAAACAUGUAGUAAUUUAAGACUUUGAUAUCCUCUUAUUUUGCAAGGUACUGUACAUAAUUGUUUGAUUCACUGUACUUGUAUACCGGGGUAGUUUUUACGUUAUGUAUGGUUUGAUUGUUACUAUAUGGUGAACUCAUCCCUGUUCAUGAGGGACCAAUGUUUAUGGAUUUUGUGGGUCAUCCAAAUUAUCCUCAAAUUUACAUAUCUGAUGAACAACUUUUUUGUCAACAUAUUUAUUCAUUGAAACUUCUGUACACUGUACAUAUGAGUUACUCACGAAGUAACAUCCCCACAAAUUUAAAAAAAUUUGCUUAUCCACAAACAUUGAUACCUGCACAUAUUUCAAUGAUUUCACAGUAAGUUUUGUUUCUUUGUUGCCCUUUGGUUGUUCAUGCAUUUAACUUACAUUUUUAACACUGUAUAUAGUACAUGUAUUUGCAAUGUGCCAAAUGAUGACAAACUUUACAAAGUGAUCCCCUUAUAUUGAAAAAAAAAACUCACGCUAAUACAAAGUGUAUGCAUGUGUAAAUAUAACAUAGAAUCAUCUGUAUUUUCUCUAAGAAUUACUAGUUGUUUUUUUGUUUUGUUUGUGAUGGGUUUCUGUGAUGCUUAAUAUUUUUACUCAUCUGAGAUAUAUGUACAAAAUGAAUUGAAAAUGAUGCUUACUUUUUUAUCCUAAUUAACAUAUUUAUAGUUCUUCAAUGAUGCUUUAUUUUUCUACUUGUCUACUGAUACAUUUUUUAUAAAGUAUAUGCCCCCUUCUCCUUCAGUACUAGUGUAAAUUGAUGUUGAUCUUUUUUAAACACUCAGUGGUCAGUGUUUGCCAUUUUUUGUGUUGUGUAUUUUAUCAGAUUAUUUUAAAGCAUAUAUCUCAUUUAAUUUGGACUGUCAUGUUGACAUUAUUUUUCAUCAUUUUGAAAAGAUCCAUCUUUACAAGACUGUCACUUUUCAUGGUUUUAUAUGUGAAUAAAAACUUUCUUAAUGAUCUUUCA